AUGGCCGGUAAAGUUAGUGCAAAUAGUAGAAGUAGAAAUAGCACUGAACCGCCCGAUCGUAACAAAUCGCCUAGCUUUAUUACAGAUGAAACAGAAUUUGUGGGUAAAGGAGAUAUAAGAUCAUCUACACCUAUUAAUAAGCACAGAAGGAGUCGAAGUAGAAGUGGUACCAGGAUAACACCUAUAGGCUUGAGUCUUUCGGACGAAAACUUUUACGAAGACUUGGAAGAGUACGUGAAAGAAAUGUCUGCAGUGAGGGGAUCUGAAGGUCUGGACACUAGCCAGGAGCUUGAUGUUUGGGGCCAACUGCAACAGAAGGAGUCUGAUCUCCUGCUGGCUGCGGAGCUCGGCAAAGCUCUCUUGGAGAAGAAUGAGGAGCUGAAAAAGGAUCAAGAGCGUGUCGUCGAGGAGUACUCCAAAAAACUUGAGGAGUUGGAACAAGAGAAACAUCUGCUCCGGCGUCGCCUGGACACAGCGCAGGGCGAAUAUGAAGCAAGACUGCUGGAAUUGCAAAAUGACAUCAGGGAGCUCACUACCAAGAUCGACUCCAAAGAUACCUCCGUGAAACAGCGAGAUGAAGAGAAAGCCAGUUUGAUAGCGGAGUUGACGGCCCAGAACUCGAGGCUGACAGCACAGCUAAAAGAAUCGUCAGCAACAGAAGCACAGCUGAUGGCACAGCUCGAAGGCUUAAAAGACCAGUGUUCAAUGAGGAAAACAAGCUUACAGGAUCACGUCCACAGUUUAGAGUCUUUGAAAGCUGAGCUUGCUUUAGUUAGCGACAAGAAAGCGGACCUCGAACGGCGACUUACAGGCUCACUGAACGACAAGGAACAACUCAUGCAGCAGCUGGAAGAAGCCAACGAUAGGAUAGUGGCGCUGGAGAGACAACUGAAAGAACAAGAACACCAGUAUCAGAACACGCUCAAAGAGCUAGAACGCCUGCAAAGAUCUCACGACACCCUAGCAGAGCGGAUCGGGUCUCCCGACUCGGUGGACACGGCUGACCCCGCUAGAUCUCUACACGCAGAGAUGGAAUCGGAGCCUGAGGACCAGGAUGACGGCUGGUUGAGACACGAGGCCGUUCAGGUGUACAAGCAGCUGAGAACGUUGGCGCUGCAGCUGAACACCGGACACGAUGAUGAUUCAGGGCUGCACUCAGACCUCUCCCUCACAUCGCUCGACGGGGACGAGGGAGAGACUCUCCGUAGGGGCGCACUCGCCGCUGCCUGCGCGGACGCGGUCGCCGCGUACGCCACUCUGGAGGGAUCGCGCGUCAGGGACUCCAUUGCUGCGCACGCGAGGCGCGCGCUGGAGAGGGAGAGACAGAUCGAUGAGAAGAACGAGAUCAUCGCUGAGCUGUCGUCUAAGCUAUCGGUAGCUGAAGUAGAGUUACGCGCGGCAGCCGAGGAGCGGGACAAGCUGAUGAAUGACGCGAACUACAACAGCCUCCAGAACGACGAGGCGGUGGCGCGGGCCAGGCAGGAGCGCGACGAGGCUCUGGAGAGGAAGAAGGCCGCUGAGGUGGCCCUGGCCAAGACUAGAGUAGAGUUGAUGCAAGCUAACAGCCAGCUGUAUGAAGCUGUCCGGCAGAAAGUGGACCUGGGCCAGCAGCUCGAGCAGUGGCAGAUGGACAUGCAGGAGCUGAUAGACGAGCAGAUGAAGCACAAGCUGACGUCGGAGAAGCGGCGCAAGCUGCCGGCGCCGGCGCCGCCGUCGCGCGCGUCGCGUCUGCUCGGAUUUUUUCAGCGGUGA